AAAAUAAAAAUAAAUUUAAUAUUUGAUCCAUGUGAAAAUUUGAGUCGGCUCUUAAAAUAUUUUCCAUUUCAUUGCUUUUCAGGUGCCAAGAUAGACACCAUUCAUGAGCUAUGGUGGCGUGAUUACAGCCUGUUGGAAAGACAUCAUGGUUACAUUCAGUGGUUGUUCCCUCUGAGAGAACCAGGUAUGAACUUUCAUGCCAAAGAGCUUCAGUUACAUGAAAUGAAGGCAAUUAAAAAGGACAAACCUGCCAAGAACAGAGUAUUGAAGUCAUUUGAAAUGAUGCUUGAUUUUUAUGGAAUGAGGUUGAUUAAACCAGGGAAUCAUGCAGUUGCUGUCUGUGGGAAUGAUAAACACUUAUCUCAGAAUAGUGUGGAAGCUGAAUUGACAACUGUAGAUGAUAAAGCACAUGAUGAUAGAACAGACCCACAUUUGCCUCCUGUUGAAACCACAAAAGGCCAAAAACAGGCAAGCCAGGAUGUGUCAAACAGAGGAGUUUUCAGAAUAGAAAGGGCAGAAAAUUACAGAGAGCGAUAUGCCCAUUUGAACAGGUCUCGCCACAAUUAUCUGCGGAUUACACGCAUUCUGAAAUCAUUGGGAGAGUUAGGAUGGGAGCACCUGAAACCAAUCUUUGUCAGAUUUGUCCUUGAAGAAAUUUUCUUAAAGAAAGAACUAGAGAACACUCUUGAAAGCUGCGUACAUUAUUGGUUGGAAACAAUACGGGACAAGGAUGCCAGGAGAGAGUUGAAAAAAUUCGUGGAAGAACAUUGUGAUUAUGUGGAAAGAUUGUAGGAAACUACACCAUAACACCAAAGAAUUUGUUUGCAAAAUUAAAAAAUGGUAUGGAGAUAUAUACCUUUUUACUUUUAACUUCAGCAUAACCUAAGGUGAUUUCAGGUCAAUUAUUUGGACCCAGUGUGACAGGAGUGGUAGUCCUAGAAAUGGAAGUUUGGGGUCCCAUAUAAUUAGUAAAGGUAAGUCAGAGUGUUGGGGUUAGUACUGGUAUAUGGGGCAGAUGUCACCUUUACAAACUAAUGGAGAACGGACUAUGAUUCCUAGCAGACAACCUUUCCUUCCACGUUGCCAAAUGUUUUGAUUUAAAGUUUUUCAGAUUCAUUGAAGAUCUAUGGGACAGCCGAACAUGACAGUUAAUUAGGAAAUGGUAUUACGUGGUAUAUUCAUACUGCCUUAUUCUGUUUUUGUGAUAGUAUUGAAUUGUUUUCAUGGAACACUUAAGAAAAAGGGUAAUUAUGAAGUUAUGACAAUAGAUGUAACCGAUCAGUUUUUCCAUGAAGUAAAUUUCCCGAGCUUUAGGAAUGACAGUCAUGCCACUAGUCAAGAUUUUAGGUGAUUUGAAUGAUAAAAUCAAUAGGUAGUAACCCUACCUUGAGGUUAGAAAUGUACAGUCGCCUUUUGGAGAUAUCUUUAUGUAUCACUCCCUAUUCGUAAGACCUACAGCAUGCAGGGUCUGUAAAUUUCCGUUCCACUUUUCGAGGAUUAAUAGACUCUUUUAACAAGUCAUACUGCACUGCCGAAUCUGAAUUGCUAUUUGCAGUCGAAUAUGACAAAAUCAACCUAAUAUCCACUGUGAUGAAAUUGUAUUCUUUGUGCCAAAUGAAAGGUUUCAUAGCCAGUCAAAUCAUAGUGUACCUAAAUUCAGAACCAGACAUUUUAAAAUAACCUUUAUUCACCCUUUUUCUUUUCAAACUUUUUAAGAUCUGUGUUUUAAUUUGGAGUUUAUCUUGGUCUUUAUUGUAUAUCUUUUAUUUUACUCCCAUUGCAUUUAUCAAGAAGUCUGUGCUUUAUUUAUUUUCAAACUCAUUUUGGUCUUAUUGUAUAUCCCUUUAUGUAAAUAUUUUAAUUUGUAAAUUUUAUGUAUUAACAAACAUUAUUAUUAUUAUAUUAUAAUUCGGAAAUUAACAAUGGUUUUACAUGUAUCAGUAGUCAGUUACAAAAUUAUUGUAACGCUCAUACUUUAAUGUUGUAUACUAUUUCAAAAGCCCCACAAAAAACGAUUUUAUUUGAUUGAAUCUCUUCGAUGUAUAUAUAUAUAUAUA